GGCGGCAGCUGCACGCCUGCGCUUCGCCGAUCACCGCCACUCUUCUUUCGCGCUAGCCCAUGCCUGGAGCUCCCGGGGAAAUCUACCUCGACUUCUAUCGCUUCUGGUCGCUACCCGGGGGUUUCCGAGUAGAGCCGGCCUUCAUUUGGCUGCGCUCUUUGGCAACCUCCCCAGACCUGCUGGCCGCCCGCUCCCUGUAUCAAUGCCACCUCGGCAGAAGAGCGCCAGGCGGGGGCCGGUGGCCCUGAGCCUCGUGGCAGGCGUGGCGGUGGGCCUGGUGGUGGCCGCCCUGCAGUUCCGCGGCAGCUCCGUCAGCGGUGCUGUGGCGCAGCUCAACCAGGCACAGAUGGACAAGCUAGCAGCGCAAGUGUCGCAGCUGACGCAGGAGCGCGACGCCGCGCGGGUGGAGAUGGACAAGCUGCGGGAGACGGCGGCCAAGGCGGCGAGCGCCAGUGCCGCGGGCAGCUGCCCGGACCGCCACACGCCCUGGCAGCCGUCGGCGGAGCGGGACAAGACCUACCCAGAGCUGGCAGAGUUCCUGAAAAAGGUGGCCGUCAACAACGAGGUUCUGGUGUCGGUCAGCAACAAGAACUACGCGUGGCCGGGCGGCAUGCUGCAGCUGUGGGCGGAGAAUGUGAAGCGCACAGGGGUGAAGAAUGCCAUGGUGAUUGCGCUGGAUGAUGACACCAAGUCAAACGCGGAGAGCUUUGGCCUGCCCGCUUUCCGCAUGGACGUGAAGAUCCCGGACAGCCAGAAGGAUGUGGGGUCCAACCAUGCAGUGUCUGCCCUUAAGUUCCGCAUCCUGCAGAACUUCAUGAAGCUGGGAUACUCGGUGUUCCUGUCGGACGUAGACAUUGUGUUCCUGCAAAACCCCUUCGAGCACCUGGCGCGCGACAGCGAUGUGGAGGGCAUGACCGACGGCUGGGAUCACGGCACCGCGUAUGGGUACAACGACGUGGCUGAUGACCCCAGCAUGGGGUGGGCCCGCUACGCCCACUCCAUGCGCAUCUUUGUCUUCAACUCGGGCCUCUUCUACCUGCGGCCCACCAACGCCACCCAGGAGCUGCUGGACAAGCUGAUCUACCGGGUGGAGACCGAGAACGGGUGGGACCAGGCGCUGUUCAAUGAGUGCAUCUACUUCCCCAGCAGCCCCGCCAACAAGGACCCAUCUGUGACGCGGCGUGUGCUGGACUAUAUGAAAUUCAUGAACUCCAAGGUGUUGUUCAAGCACCUGCGCCACGAUGCCGGGCAGUUUGAGGCGCACAUGCCUGUGUCGGUGCACGUCAACUAUCACCCAGACAAGUUCGAGAGGAUGAAGGCGGUUGUGAAGCGGUAUGUGGAAAAAGACAUGCACGCCCUGGACAAGUUCCCGGAUGGGUCGCAGUAGCAGCGGCAGCGCUGGCGCCACGCUGCGCAGCCAGCAGCGACGCACCGGGCUUCAUUCGACCUUGGUACUGCCUAUGCUUGUAUAACCUAUUUUUCCUGCUGUCAGCACUGCCUCUCAAAACUCCGCAAAAUCAGC